AUGAACCGACUGGUCGGUUUGCUGUAUUUGUUUCUUCUGAUUUCGCUGUUCCUGAAUGUCAAUGGGGAAGACUCGGAAAAAAGUUCUUUAAGUUCCUCAGAGGUCCGUAGCACGACCCGGAGCACCGUGCGCUCUACAAAACCCUUCAGUGGAAAUGUGAGUUAUUUAAAAGUUGAUUUUGGUUUUUUUGUAUCAAUAGGUCGUUUUUAAUAUAAAUAACAAAAAUAUAGUUUAUUCGAUUUUUAGGUAAAAAAAAUGUUUUUUAGGUAAUAAAUUAACUUUGAAAUCAACUUUCGUUAAAUUUAUAGUGUUCAUACUAAAAAAUAACCAAGUUUUAAUGUUCAACUUCAGGUCGCUCAAUAUAAAACCAUCGAUCUUCCGUUCUCAACCAAAGAGUACGAACUGUACUGUCUCGCAGCAUCGUGCCUUUUUCCUCUGGCUUUGAAUGCCAUAUUUUUUCUGAUCGCUUAUAUCAAAGCACGCUUGUCAGCACCAUCAAAACCUUCGCCCACCAUUCUAGCCAGACUAAAAGCAAAUGACAUGGAGGAUUACAAGGCUGGCCGUCAACGAUGGCUGAAACCACCUCUAAAGGGGGGUCCAUACGUAAGUUAUUAAAACUUAAAAUUAUACGUUUUGUAAAGCGGGUGAUGAUGUGCAUUUCUUGAAAUUUUUACUUUCUCAUAGUCAGGUAUGACAAAGUUAUAGUAAUUUUAAAAUGUCCAGCCAAGUCUAACGUUUUUCUUUCCAAAAAUCACAAAAGCAAAAUACUAAUCUCAAAAUUUCAGCCUGAAUUUAUGUUCGAAGAUGAAGGAAAGAGCGUUGAAGACGUGGGUACUGUUAUGGGUGCGGCAGGAACAACUAAUGAGACAGAAAAUGCCGAUACUCCAUCACCUUCUGCACCAGCAGCCCCCGCAACAUAA